CAGGAACCUGAGUAAGGGCCUCCAGUCCUUCCGCCCAUUUGGGGAGCGAUUAAAGAAGCUGAGGUUGUCUCCUUCUUACUCACUGGCAGUCACAACCUCGCAGCCACUACAGCCUCAGCCUCCAGCGUGGACACAGAGAAGGGGAACAGAAGACCAUUCUUGGGAGGUCUACCUACAAGUUACCAUGUAUGAAGACUGCGUUGAGUCCACUGGGGACUAUUAUCUCCUCUGUGACACCAAGGGGACAUGGGGCAUUGUUCUAGAGUCCCUGGCGGCAAUAGGCAUAGUGGUUACAAUUAUGCUACUCUUGGCAUUUCUCUUUCUCAUGCGAAAGGUUCAAGACUGCAGCCAGUGGAAUGUCCUCCCCACCCAGUUCCUCUUCCUCCUGGGUGUGCUGGGGCUCUUUAGCCUUGCUUUUGCCUUCAUCAUCCAACUCAAUCAGCAAACUGCCGCCGUACGCUACUUUCUCUUUGGGGUUCUCUUUGCUCUCUGUUUCUCAUGCCUUUUGGCUCAUGCCUCCAACCUGGUGAAGCUAGUCCGAGGUAGAGUCUCCUUCUCUUGGACAACAAUUCUGUUCAUUGCUAUUGGUGUCAGCCUGUUGCAGAUGAUCAUUGCCAUUGAGUACGUGACCCUCAUGAUGACCAGAGGUACGAUGUGGGUGUGUAUGACACCCUAUCAGCUCAACGUGGACUUUGUUGUACUCCUGAUCUAUGUCCUCUUCCUGAUGGCCCUCACGUUCUUUGUCUCCAAAGCCACUUUCUGUGGCCCAUGUGAGAACUGGAAGCAGCAUGGAAGGUUCAUCUUCGUCACUGUGCUCAUCUCCAUCGUUAUCUGGGUGGUGUGGAUCUCCAUGCUCAUGAGAGGCAACCCACAGCUCCAGCGGCAGCCCCAGUGGGACGACGCUGUCAUCUGCAUUGCCCUGGUCACCAAUGCCUGGGUCUUCCUGCUGCUGUACAUCAUACCUGAGCUCUGCAUUCUCUACAGGUCGUGUAAGCAGGAUUGCCCUGUACAAGGCAAUGCCGGCCCAGUCCCAGCCUACCAACGCAGCUUCCGAGUGGAGAACCAGGAGCUCUCAAGAGCCCGAGACAGUGAUGGAGCUGAGGAGGAUGUAGCAUUAACUUCAUAUGGUACCCCCAUUCAGCUGCAGGUAAAUGUGCUCGUCUACGUUCACCAAGGAGGGACAUAG